GUUAAUGAUGCGUUACAUAAAAAAGAUUUUGCUAAAAAUAGAAUUAGAGAACUCAAAGAACAACAUAAAGAAGAUCUUAAUUCAAGAGAUUUUACAGAAUUCGAACUCAAGAAUCAGAUCAUUGUAUUAAAACAGAAGGCUAUAAAUUUAGAAACUAGUUUAAGAAACAUAAGCGAAAGAAGAUUGAAUCAAUUAACAGGUUCAAAUAGGUCAGAUAAUGAAACUUCUGAACAUGUUGAAAGCAAUAGCAGUUCAG